AUGUUUAAUGUUUUCUCAAAAGCCUUUUUAGAUAGCAAUUCGAAUAAUUUUAAUAGUAUUAAUAAGCCCAUUAAUAAUAGUAUAAAUAAAAGUAACAGUAACAUACCAAGACCUAUAUCAUCUAAUAUAAAUAAUGAAAAUGACAGAAGUAAAAAUCUACCGUUGAAAGAUAGACUAGCGACUGUAAGAAAUGUACAAAAUAUUUUAAAUAAGAAAAAUUUUAAUAAGGAAGAUGAUAACAAUAAUGGCAAUAAUAACAAUAAUAUUAAUAAUAAUAAUAAUGAAGAUCAAAACGCCAAUAGGAUCAUAAAUACAAACAUAAGUACAACAAAUGAUGUAAAUAAACCUGCACUAACUACUGAAAGCAAUUUAAGUAAAUUCAAAAAUUAUUCUAGCGUUGUAAAUGAAAAACAAAAUGAAGAACUAGAAAAAAAAUUAAAAAAGAGAAAGAGAAGAAGGAAGCAUGUCAUAAUAAUGGAAAGAAUGAAACAGAAAGAAAAAGAGAAAAAAAGACAAAGAGAAAUGAAAAGACAUCAAAAUAAUGAAGAAGAAGAAGAAGAAGAAGAAGAGGAUGAAGAAGAGGAUGAAGAAGAAGAAGAAGAAGGAGAUGAAAACGAAGAUCACAAUAAUAACAAAGCUGAAAGACGUUAUAGAAAAUCUGGAUAUUCACAAAAUAAAUAUGAACACAAAUUACAUGAAGAGGAAGAAGAGGAUAAUAUAGAAGGCGGGGAAGAUAAUGAAGAAAGACAGAUAUAUAAUCAAAAAAAUAAAAGUGGAGAAAUAGGUUUGACUAAAAAGCUUUACAGUUCAGGAACGAAUAUAACGAACAGAAUAACUUGGACAAAUAAUGUUAACGCGACUAAUGAUGUUAAUAACGCUAAUAAUACUAGUAAUAAUGCAAAUGGAAAUGGAAAGGAGAUUAAUGAACCAGGGGUAAAACCGAAAAGAAAGAGGAGGAAAAAGAAAGAAAUGGAAGAAUACAGGGCUCGUCUAUUAAAGGAAAAAAUGCAACAACAAAACUCGUUGAGUAGUAUUUAUACCAAAACGAAUAGUUUUAAUGAUAAUAAUAAUAAUAAUAAUAAUAAUGAAAAUAACACACAGGGUGAAGUUAAAGUGAAAAGAAGAAGAGGAAGACCCAAAUUAAGUGAAGUUAUGGCUACGAAUAAUGCAAACGAAAAACCAAAGCAAAACGAUAUAAGAAAAUAUUACAGUAGGAACAGCGAAAAUCCUAGUAUGAGCAAAGGAGGUAGUAGUAUUAACGAAAAAGAUAAAGGAGGAAGAUAUGAAGAAGAAAAUAAAAAUGUUUUUAAAAUAAUUAAAACUUCUAUUCAAGAAAAUACUUCAUUUAUGAAAAAAUCGCCAACCGAAAUUAUAGAGUUAGAAAAAAGUUAUAAAAAUAAUAUAAAGAAAGGUGUCACGUGUAUACCUUUAAAUUAUCAAAGUAAAGGGGGAGGAAUGGCAAUUAUUUUAAUAGGCACUGAAACAACGUAUGGACCUGUAAAAAAUUCAUAUGGUUUUAUGACCUUCCUAGUUUUAGAUUGUCACCCGAAUAAUUUUUAUAUUGACACAGGAAUAAAAAAUAAUGUUAUUGAAUGUGAAAAACAUAUGCAAUUGCUAAUUAGCCCUGGUGAUAUGUACAUGUUCAAAAAUCAAAGUCAGGAAGUUGAAGCAAGAUUACUACUAAUUGUGUGUAACAAAAUGAAUCAGCCAUUUGAUGCAAAAAUGCACAUAAAGGAUCCGGAAAUAAAUACCCACAAAUAG